CAGGUGGCGCAUCUCGGGGGUGGCUCCGUCCACAGACAAACCGCACUCAGUCUGCUACUUUCCUCGUACAAGGAGCUGAAUCUGUCCCGGGACAGACCAGGGAACAUGGCGGCCACAGACCAUUCCCGGUCCGAAGCUGCCAAGCAGCGACGGAAGGACCAGCUCCAGCGGUGGCUGGGCUCGGAGGCCGACCGGACGGCGUCGGAGGCCCGGCAGCAGACCUCUUCUUCCGGCGGCUCCGGGACGCGACGGGCCAAAGUGCGGUUCGCCCAAGGAGCUGUGUUUAUGGCCGCUUGCUCCGCCGGAGACCGAGAGGAGGUGGCGACGCUGCUCCGGCAGGGAGCUGACAUCAACCACGCCAACAUUGAUGGACUGACAGCGCUUCACCAGGCCUGCAUUGAUGAAAACGCAGAGAUGGUUCAGUUUCUGGUGGAAAACGGGAGCGACAUUAACCGAGGGGACAACGAGGGCUGGACUCCUCUGCACGCUGCAGCUUCCUGUGGGUUCAUCCAGAUCGCUAAAUACCUGAUAGAACACGGCGCUAACGUCGGGGUGAUUAACAGCGAAGGAGAGCUUCCUCUAGAUGUGGCCUCAGAAGACGUCAUGGAGCGGCUCCUCAGAGCUGAAAUCAAAAAACAAGGUAUAGACGUAGACAAAGCCCGAAAAGAAGAGGAGAGGAUCAUGCUCCAGGACGCCUUAGCGGUGAAGGAGGGCGGUGGCGUCCUGAGGCCUCACCCUAACACCAAGGCAACGGCUCUGCACGUCGCCUCUGCCAAAGGUUACAUCGAAGUCCUGAAAGUACUGCUGCAGACUGGGGUGAACGUGGACAGCAGGGACAUAGACGGCUGGACGCCGCUGCACGCAGCCGCUCACUGGGGGCAGGAGGAGGUGUGCGCCCUGCUCGCUGACCACAUGUGCGACAUGGCUGCAGUCAACAAUGUGGGACAGACGCCUUUAGAUGUUGCCGAUGAGAACCUGGUGGACAUCCUGGAGGAGCUGCAGAAGAAACAGAACGCUCUCCGCAGUGAGAAAAAGAAACAGACUCCUGUUAUUGAGACCAGUCCGCAGUUCUCCAUGGUACAAGUUCGCACACGCAGGACUUCUAUCUCUCGCAUGAGCAGCAAGGAGAAGAUCGGCCUCCACGAGCGGGAGAAGCACCCGCCUCCCGCCCUGCCGAGCAGUCCGGCCGAGGACGAGGAGGAGGAAGGCCAGACGGGGCAGAGCCAGGCGAAAGCCUCCAGCAGCUCCAGCUCCGAGGAGGAGAGCGAGUCUGAGAGCGACGCAGAGUCAGAAAAAGCAAAGAACCGAGAAAUCAUAAACAACUUGAACAACAAACGAAACACCACCAGCAUGCUUUCUACCUCCAUGUCAGCGACAACCACUGCUAACCAAGUGAAAAAGGAGCCAAGCAAGCCUCCAGCCACCGAAGCCCCCGGCUCCUGGAGGACGUCUCUGAGAAAAGCAGGCAGCUCCGUGACUCUGGGCUCCGCGGGGCUCUCCGACUCCCAGCAGGACCCGAGCAGACCUGCGGAGCCCGGCCCGGGAAUGACUCGCUCCGCCUCCAGCCCUCGCCUAAGCUCCGAGGCUGAUGCCAAGGAGCCCAGGCUCGCUCGAGUGCAGCCAAAUCCCACGCGGAGGCUCUUCAGUAUUCCAGAUAGCAGCGCGGACAACUCCAACAGCUGGCUCAGUCGUAGCUCCUCUUACACCCGACGGCUUUAUGGUCAGUUAGGAAAUGAGUUCACUAGUUCCAUUCCAUCUCUGCUUCACAGCUCGUCGUACGGAAGGAGACUGGAUGACACCAGCGUGACCUCAGCGAGCACAGGAACGAGCUAUUCUGGCCUGAGCCGCCCCAUUACUGGCUUCGCUCAAAGACUUCCUCAGGAAAGAUCAGAAAAAAAGGAUCUGUUGUCCAGCAACACCUCCAACCCUCAGAGCACAACGACAGGCGACCAGGAGACCAAACAGAGGCGAAAGUCGUAUCUGACACCCGUACGGGAUGAGGAGGCGGAAGCGCAGAGGAAAGCUCGCUCCAGGCACGCUCGACAGUCUCGACGCUCCACUCAGGGGGUGACGCUGACAGAUCUGCAGGAAGCAGAGAAGACCAUUAAAACCAUGAAGACUGACAAUAAAGGGGAAGAGGAGAAGGAGAAAGAGAAGGAAACAAAGCAGAAGAAGGCUGAUGAGGGGGAAGUGAGCUGGAGGUCCCGUAUCGCCAGUCUGCAGAAAUCCGACCUGCUGGGCCUCACGCAGCCUGCUGGUUCUCCUCGCUCCCAGAUGUCUGACAGGAAAGCGUUUUGCUGUAGAUACGGAAGUCGGCACAGAGGAGAGCGAGACGGAGCGAUGGGCUCGAGAGCGCAGGGAGAGGAGACAGGCCCGGGCCAGAAGGAAGGCGCAAAGAACCGGAGAGGGUGACGAAAAUGAUGGAG